AAAAAAUUUAAAUAUCUCGUUGUGAUAUAAAAUUAAAUGAUAUUAAGGCUAAAAUAUUUUUGUUUUAUUUUGCAAGUACAUAAGCGGUUGAAAUUAAAAGUUGCUCCGAUGACAACAUGGAGAAGCCAGCCAGUGUUCGCACCGACCUGUGGGAGAAAUUUAAAAGGCUGGAAAAGAAGACAGAUGAUUUAUUGAAUAAACAUUCAAAAUCAAAAGUCAAAACUUCAGAAGAUGACAAGAAAGAGGAUGGCAGUGAAAAGCUCCCAGAUUCUUCCAUUACUUCUCAGAAAAAUGUAAAUUCUCAUGAAGAAAAACCUUCAACUGAUAAUGAAGAAAUUCAAAACUGUAAAACAUCAAACUCUGACGUUGCUGACUGUGAGCAUGAAUGGAAGGAUUUAAAACAAUAUCUCGAUGUGAACAGUCAUUUACAAUACAACCCUGUUUCCACAUCAGCUCCUAAAUCUGGUUUGGAGAAGCAAAUUAACGAAGCUAUAGCAAAAGGAGACUUUGAAACAGCAGAAACUCUCAGUGACAGAUUAGCAAAAAGGGAGUUUGCUGUAAAAAUUACAGGUUCUUUUGAAGCCCGGGAAUACUUAAAACGGAAAAAGGAUGAGGAAAUGACUGUCAAAGCUAAGAAAAAGAAGAAGCUGCACUGGGGAUUUGAACACAAACAACGUUGGGAAAUGAAGGGAAAUAUGUGACUACUUUGUUUUUUAUUCCAAGAAUAUCUUAAAGAAUGGAAUGUGAUUUAUGAGUACUGGAUGUACUCUUAAAUAAGCAUGUCUUCUAUCACUGAGAUGAGGAGAAAGAUGACUUCAUGAAAACAUAAACCUAUGAUAGGAAAUUAUUUCAGAAUUCAUGAAAAUCUAAGCCUUGUAUAACAGCUAUAUAACAUCAUCAUUAUCAACUUUAUAUCAUAGGCUGUUUGGGUAACUCUGAAGACCAACAAAUUCACGUUUUCCAUUUCUUAUAAUUUUUCUCUAUUUUUGAGACUUGGUGAAGUUCAUGUUAUCCUAAUGUUGAAGCUAUCUUCCAUCCUUCCCUCUUCUCAUCUCCCCUACUUCAUUCUGGAAUUAUUCCUUACAAGAUGCUUUUUAAGCAAGACAUACCAACAUGUUCCCAUACUGCAUCAGUUUUGUCUCUUCGUGAUGCUCAUCAGGUUGUUGUUUAAUCCAGUGACUUCACAGCAAUCCCUUUUUUCUUUUUUCAGCUUCC